AUGGCGGGCGAUUGCCACAGUUAUCUCGAAGAAGUUCUGUGGGUGGGAGGGAGUAAGAUUCGCCCCAGAGUGCUCCACAACAAGCGUCGGAACGGUGUCUCACUUGAUUGGCAAAUCCAGCUGGCAACAGUGGAAGCACGCCAUCAUUUCAGUGCAACUCUUUCAGAGUGGGAUAAAGUGCUCCGCGCUGCCACCUGUGGUUUCACGGAAGAGUGGCUUUGA